UGUAAUGUUAUCUUGAAUAAUUACAGUUGAAAAACAUGAAAAUAUGUGGUUUUUAAAAAGCCUGAACAGCGAUGCGAUUUAUUACAUCCGGCCUGAGCUGGCCAAACACACGGUUAGUCGUUCGGUAGGCGACCUGAUUAUUCGGGACGAUCCGUCAAUCAGCCGGAACCAUGCAUUCCUGUAUCCGGAGCAGGCCGCGCUGAAGGUCAUCGACGCUGGCUCCCGGUAUGGAACGUUCAUCAACGACGCCAUCGACAGUAGCCGGGAACAGAUUACUAAAGAUGUCCCAACAGAGUUGAAGCUCGGCGAUCGAAUACGUUUCGGCAAAUGCCAGAGUAUGUGGAACGUAUGCCGGGUCGAUUUUAACUGCAUCACUUCGACCAUUAGCGUAAGUGGGACGCUGCAGGAUGCGCUUCGCAAGCUCGGAGGGCGUGUGGACGAUAUUUGUCAGCCCAAAAUAACUCGGUUUCUGAUAAUGAAAACGAUUACGACAACUACGAAGUUACUAAUGUGUCUGAUUGAGCAAAUUCCGGUGGUUCGACCGGAAUACUUUGAGGAGUGUGUUAAGGCAGUGGAAAACAAUGUCCGACUGCCCAAUGUUGAUGAUUUUAUUCCGGAGUUUACCGAAUCAUACGUGCGUAGUGACGGCAUCGACUUUAAGGCCGUUCCGGCUAGGAAAACAUUAUUUAAAGAUAAGGUAUUUAUAUUUCUUAAGGCAAAGCACAUGAGCCAGUAUGAGAAAAUAAUUACAUCUGCCGGUGGAAGCUGCAUUUGUGCUCAAAAGCGCAAGAUCGCGAAGUCGUUUUUUGCAGAGCCACACGUAAUUGUAAUGCAAAACAUGACGGACUCGUGCUCGCAAGGCUCUUCCCAAGCUAUUCAAGGUCUACAACAGCUUGUAACGGAUGCGGGUCGAAGAAUGAUUCCCGAAGCAGAUAUCGGGCUGGCUAUCCUUUACUGUUCCUUGGAAAAGUACUGCAACCCAUUGUACAAGUUUUCAAAUCUGCUGGAUCUGGAAACAGUACGAUUUACUCAAGGAGCAACUCUAGCUAAAAACAGCGAAGAAUUGUCCAAAGAAGUAUGCUCGAAACAGAAUGUCUCUAUUCCGGAAACGGAAUCUCGAGAUAGUUCCGAAAGUUUCGAUGUUCACGGAAGUUCAAGUGUAAACUCAAUGGCACUGAAGGCUUCUGAAAUUGUUUCGGAGUUUACCAAACCAGCUGCAGCUGCAACGAAUGCAGUCCGUGGUAAACGCAAGCGAGAAGAAACGACUGAUGAAAAACGUCCAGCUGAGGAAAGAAAACGCCAUGGAAAAAAGGUUGAAAUUGAUCGGGUUUCAGUUGCUGCCGAGAGUCCAGAGUUGGUGAUUCCUGAAACACCACCGGAACAACAGCCGCCUUCGCAGCUAUCCCAGAUGUCUGGAUUCCUUUCUGUGAAUCAUGACGAACCUAUGUCACCGGCCAAAGCAGCUCCGAACAAUCAGCCUAAAAAACGACUGUUGAACCUUGAUGACAACGACGAUGAUCUGUUCAACUUUGGCGAUAGUCAUGUACCCAAGCGAGCUAAACGCCAAACGUCGUUGGCUGACUCGUUUAGUGCUUCCCAGUCCCAAAAGCGAACUCGUUCCAACGACCGGGAAGGCGAUGGUGAUCUGUUUUCGUUUAAAGCUAGUCGAUCGAAACGCGCAAAGAAUUCCUCAUCUACCGAACCUGCAGUGUCUUCAGAAAACUUAUCAAUAGAUCCAAAGAAUGCCACUACUAGUAAUUCCGCUACGAGUUCUUCCUACAAGCAGUUUAUUAAGCCAAUAAAAAUUCCGGUUGAUAAUUGGCUAUCAUCUAAUUUUUGUGAACUUAGUGUUAAGACGCCUAUUGACGGUUCCAACAUGCCAAACGGUUCUGAAGAACAAAAUUCAGAGAAGAUUAAAGUGGACCCGGAUGAUGUGGAUGAUAAAACACGAGUAUGGUUCGAUGGCAUGGAAGCUAUGUUCCAAGUACGGGUCAAGUGCAUGAACCUGACAUCGCGUCGUCCGGCAGCGGACAGUAUUCUGUCGUCAGAAAAUAGUUACUCUGGAUCGUCAGCCAAUCGUGGAUUUAAAGCAUUCGUGAAGAAACACAACUACAAAACGCAGCAAACGAUAGUUAAAACCAAACCAGUUUGUGUGUUGGAUAACACUCAGGAUGAUAACUUUUGAAUGGAGACACACUUUUAGAUAAGUUACAAACGAAUAUUUGGAGAAUUUUCCAAGCAAAACAAAAACGUUGUUGUAAUACAUAACAUUGUCACUUUGUU